GCCAUGCAAAAGCAGUGAAGCGAUCACGCUUCGCGGCCGCCGUUGCACAAUACAGUGCGAUCAAAAUGUGUCUUAAUUCACCACGCUGAUGCCCAGCAGCGGCCAUUCUCCCCGGAUCGGUGCUCCGCGGCCCUUACAGCGCAGGAGAGGAGGAUUUGCCGGCGUGCGAUUUGACUCCUAUCCGAGCCAGAGGGCAGCCUUCCGAGCCUGCUCGGCUUGAAAACAUCGGGGCUGGUCAGCGGGUGGGAGAGAGGAGGCUUCGUCGCGGAAAAGGAGGUGUCUGUUGUUUUUUUGUUUGUUUGUUUUUGUUUUUACCUCUCCACAGCCAUGAGGGAGUACAAAGUGGUUGUUUUGGGGUCGGGCGGAGUCGGCAAAUCCGCGCUGACGGUUCAGUUCGUGACGGGCUCCUUCAUCGAAAAGUACGACCCCACCAUAGAGGAUUUCUACAGGAAGGAGAUCGAAGUGGACUCGUCUCCGUCGGUGCUGGAGAUCCUGGACACGGCAGGGACCGAGCAGUUCGCCUCCAUGCGUGACCUGUACAUCAAGAACGGCCAGGGCUUUAUUUUGGUCUACAGCCUGGUCAACCAGCAGAGCUUUCAGGACAUCAAGCCCAUGAGAGACCAGAUCAUCCGGGUGAAGAGGUACGAGAGGGUGCCCAUGAUCCUGGUGGGAAACAAGGUGGACCUGGAGGGGGAGAGAGAGGUGUCUUCCGGGGAGGGCAAGGCUCUGGCCCAAGAGUGGAACUGCCCGUUUAUGGAAACUUCAGCCAAAAAUAAAGGAUCAGUCGACGAACUGUUUGCAGAAAUAGUCAGACAGAUGAACUAUUCAACUGUCCCCAGCGGUGGCAACAAGUGCUGUUCAUGUGCCCUGCUCUAAACAAACAAACAUACAGAAACUGUGCAUCCGGGCUGUUUGAGCUUUCGAGUCGUCCUGCAGGCUUUUUGCAAACGUAUUCUCUCUCCUCACACUGUUGUCUUAUUGUUGCACACACACACACACACACACACACACACAAAUCCACAACAACAAUCAAUUAUGUAUCAUAUUCUGGAAAAGUGUUUACAUGACAAAGUACUUGAAUGUUUUGGGAAUUUUUUUUAUAGCUUUGUAAAUGACACUUCUCUGGAAAUGUGCCUCAGUGGGAAUGUCUUAUUGUGAAACCUAAGAGACACAUGUUUUCUGGUAAUCUUUGUGUGGGGGGGGGUUUGCUGUGAUUUUUUUUUUUUGUGUUUGUUUUUUCUCAGUUGUACUGUUUGUAUCUAGGGGGCUGGGUUUGUCUGUCUUGGAGACUGGCUGUUCUUGUGUUGGGGGCUAUUGCACCAGAUCCCCAGGCUUAGAUGGGAUUGGUUACCUUUGGGGUCUUUUGGGCUGGUGGAAGGCCUGAAAGUGUUUUUUUUUUUUUUUUUUAAACAAACAAACAAAAAAACUGAGUAAAUUAUCAAUCACCACUCAAGCCUUGCACAGGUUGCUCAGAUCAAUAAAUCAAUCUCAAACAGUAAAGCGUGAUACAAGAGCCGCAGAUCCACCCACUAAUACUGUAUUUGAAGAUGUGGACUGAGGUGGAGUUGUUGUGCUGACAUAUUUUAGUCCCCCCUACCCACCCCUCACCCCUGGGCUGGUGAAAGUGGAUUUAUUGUGGAACUUGCACUUAGCUGACGGUGUCCUUCCCCAGUGUGCACAAACGAGGACCUUAGUGCAUUGCUGUCGCUACACGGGGAACGCCGUGACCCCAUGUCAAGUGCCUUCCUAAGAAAUCUUCUGUGACUGUGCCAACUCAUGAGCCCUACUUCCUCUGCAGUGCGUCAUGACGGCAAUCAGAAUUUUUCUAGCAGUUUUCAAUAUACAGUUUAGUUUCAUUUGUGGGCACAAUGAGAGGCGCUUCUUCCUAUUUUACUGUAAGGAAGCUUUGCUUGUACUAGACCUGCUGUCUAAAGGGUCAGAUUCAGUCUGUUUCUCGAGGUACUACUCCAACAAGAACAACAGAAUAACUUUACCCACUGCGAUUCUGGUUCAGUGAAUGGAAGCCAUGUCUGUGUGUAUUAUCUAGCUGGUUUUUGGUUGUUUUUUUUUUUUUUUUUAAUUGUUGUUGGGGGUUUUUUCCCUUUCUGAAAUGUGACUUUUUUUGACUUACCAUAAUUGUAUUUCUCUCUUUGGACAAAUGCCAUCCACCUGUCAGUUUGGAAGACUUGUAAUACAGAACAGAUUUUACGUAAUGCUGUGUGCUGUGCCUGUCUGUGCCGAGGAUGUGUAUAUGCAUUAUACUUUCGGGGUAUUUUGAAUUUGACUGUCACUGUAAACAACUUUAGGGCUGAAACUGGUAGUUGAUUAAUUCAUUAGGCAACCAACUGCUAGUCAGAAGUCACAGAUAACAAAUGAAUUGUGUAGCUAUACACAAAAAUGGGAUCUAGGAUGGCUGGGAUGCCCUGUAAAAUGCAAAUAAGAACAUGAUGCCAUGAUUUGCUAAUCAUUUAAACCAUUUUAAGUGAAAGUGAAACUGAGAAGUUUCAUUUUAUGUGAAAAAUAUUGAUUUUUCAUUUUGAAUUUGAUGCCAGCUGGAUGCUUCAAAAUAAAUUGUGACUGUUUUUUUUUUUUUGUAACACUCCAAAAUUGUUUGGAACUGAUGACAGAAGCAAAGUGUUUUGUCACGCUUGCUUGGUAUCAGUUUAGCAUCCAAACUCCUUCUACAGAGCCAUGCUGUUGUAAUUUUUGCAUUGGCAUUGUCUUGCUGAAAUAAACAAGACUUAUCUGUAAAACAGAUCAUCUGAAUAGCAGCAUAUGUUAGUCUAAAACCUGCAUGCAUUGUUCUCCAUUAUUAGGUCCUUCACAGAUGUACAAGUGGCCCACGUUGUGUGCACUACAACAGUUUUCCACAUCACCUCAGUCCACCUUAAAUGAGUUGGGCCUAGAGAAAAUUUCUGUUUCUCUGAAUCUUUAUAUGUUUUUUUUUUUUUUUUUUUUUUUUUUUUUUUACAUGUUAGAGUUUUAAUUUGUGGGUGGAGUAACAAACUGUGUUCCUGAGCUCAUGUCACUGUUUCUGCUACAGAAUCAUCUGUUUUUAAAUACAGUGCCACCCAUGGGCCUGAACAUAACAGCCAUUCAAUAACUGUUUCCAACACUGCAACAUACAUGCAGCGAUUUUCCCGGACUCUCUGAAUCUUUUAGCAGUGCACAUCUCUUCCAGUUUUUUUGUUGCUCCUCUCACAACUUAAACUUAAAAAGUUGAUGGCAUCAAAUUUGAAAUAAGUAUGGGGGGGAAAAGAUAACAGAGUUGCAACAUUUUGUCUAAAAUCAUGUUCAAAUGAUUUUGCUUUUAUUUACAUUUUACAGCUUCCCAGCGAUUUGAAACGGAAGUCACAGUGAAAGUUAGCGGGAUGUGCAAAUGGGACGUCGUUCAGUUUUGGAAGUGUUGAUCGCACAAAGAAAGUAAUUUAAGGAUGUCAGUGAAUCUGUCAUGCAUAUUUUUCAGUGCUUUUGGAUUUUUAUACAUAUCAAUAAAAUACUGAUUUACAAUUUAAA